AUGCCUCAAUUCUUUUUGCAUCCGUCCUCCCUAUUAAGCAGUAUUGCUCAAACAGGUAGUUUUGGUGCUUUGAGUGUUACUGAUUCGAGCAUAAUGAAAGCUGCAACAGAGAGCGGACUUCAGUCUUCGUCAAUGAAUCCAGUUCUUAGCAUACCUUCGACAGAAGAGACAUCCCAGGCUGCAGGACUUUUCAACAUUCAAGAAUUGCUAAAAAUCAAGAGGGAUUGGUUUUGUGAAAAACAAGACAAUGCAGCAAAAGACGAUGACUCCUAUAAAGAAGGUUGCUAUAAGGCAUUAAUGUCACGAGGUCUCGGCAAACAUGUGAAUAACAUUUUCGAAGCAAAGCAAGGCGACUUUGUACAAUUUUGGAGAGUGAAUGGUACAGGUCAUAGCGUGAUCUUUAUGGGCCUCAAGGAAGAUGAAAUAACAUUUGAAUAUUGGUCCUCUCAACGCUCCACAAAUGGAGUAGGGUUUAACACUGAAUCGUUGUCAGGUGUCGAACGAUUUCACAUUGUGAGAUUGGUGUAG